CUUCUGUAUGUCUAUGUGGCCCAGCCCAUAACCAAGUUUUUCUCUAUUGAGUAUUGAUUCCCUCUCUCUUUCUCGGCCAUUCUCGCGCUCUCUUUUCUCUGUUUCUGAGUUUCAUCUCUGUGUCAGCAUGGGUAUCAAGGGUUUGACGAAGCUGUUGGCGGAUAAUGCGCCCAAAGCCAUGAAGGAGCAGAAGUUCGAAAGUUAUUUCGGUCGCAAGAUCGCCAUUGAUGCCAGCAUGAGCAUCUACCAGUUUCUCAUUGUAGUGGGGAGAAUUGGCACUGAAACACUCACCAACGAGGCUGGCGAAGUCACAAGUCAUCUGCAGGGUAUGUUCAACAGGACAAUAAGAUUGUUAGAGGCUGGAAUCAAACCAGUGUAUGUUUUUGAUGGUCAGCCACCUGAUCUUAAGAAGCAAGAACUAGCAAAGAGGUACUCAAAGAGGGAAGAUGCUAGCAAGGAGUUGACAGCAGCUAUAGAGGAUGGAGAUAAGGAGGGUAUUGAGAAGUACAGCAAAAGGACUGUGAAGGUCACAAGGCAACAUAAUGAAGACUGCAAACGACUUCUAAGACUAAUGGGUGUGCCUGUAAUUGAGGCUCCUGGUGAAGCAGAAGCAGAGUGUGCAGCAUUAUGUAAAAAUGAAAAGGUAUAUGCUGUUGCGUCAGAAGAUAUGGAUUCACUAACCUUUGGAGCCCCAAAAUUUCUUCGUCAUUUAAUGGAUCCAAGCUCAAGAAAAAUCCCUGUUAUGGAAUUCGAAGUUUUGAAAGUGCUGGAGGAGCUAAAUCUCACCAUGGAUCAAUUUAUUGACUUGUGCAUUCUUUCUGGAUGUGACUACUGUGACAGUAUUAAAGGUAUCGGUGGACAAACAGCACUGAAGCUUAUUCGCCAGCAUGGUUCUAUAGAAACUAUGUUGGAGAACAUAAACAAAGAAAGAUACCCAAUACCUGAGGAUUGGCCAUAUCAAGAGGCAAGGCGAUUAUUUAAAGAACCUCUUGUGUCUACAGAACCACCAGAACUCAAGUGGUCUGCACCUGAAGAAGAGGGCAUUGUGAACUUUCUAGUGAAUGAGAAUGGUUUUAACAAUGAUCGAGUGACAAAGGCAAUAGAAAAGAUCAAAGCAGCCAAGAAUAAAUCCUCCCAAGGCCGAUUGGAGUCCUUUUUCAAACCAUCGGCGAGUUCCUCUAUGCCUAUUAAACGGAAGGAAACAGAAGACAAGGCAGCAAAAGGAACUGCACACAAUGGUAAGGGUGCAAACAAGAAGCCAAAGACCGGUGGUGGGAAGAAAAAAUAGAUGUCAAGGUGCGCGUGACAUAUGCUGACCAGUUAGAAUGUGAUUCUAGUUCAGGCCUUCUCUUUGUGCAAUACAUGUUAAUGAGUCAGGCUGUGUCUUCUUGAAGUUGAACAGUUAGUCUUGUUAUUUGUCAAUGUUUGCGUUGCCUAUGAAUGAAUAUGAACGAAGGAAUGAGAUGUUUGGUUUUUUUUUUUGGA